AAGUAAUUGUUUGCGACACCAAACUGAGUGGUUUAACUUCCGAUAGCAAAGCUCACUCUUUCCUGUCAGCCAUUUGUGAAAGACGAUCGUGUGGACCGAUCACCACCCAAAAUCAGAAUGCAGAACGACGCCGGUGAAUUCGUGGACCUGUACGUCCCACGUAAAUGCUCUGCAAGCAACAGGAUCAUUGGAGCCAAGGAUCAUGCCUCCAUUCAGAUCAACAUUGCUGAGGUUGACAAGGUAACUGGGCGCUUCAACGGCCAGUUCAAGACCUACGCCAUCUGUGGUGCCAUCCGUAGAAUGGGCGAGUCGGACGAUUCCCUCCUGAGGCUGGCCAAGGACGACAGCAUUGUCUCAAAGAACUUCUAGGUUGCGGUGGUGCUCCAGAGUUACUUUGUAAAAUAAAACCACUUAAAAAUGAAA